AUGGCUGUUGGUCCUAACGAUGAUAAACCGUCAAUCGAUGUUUUGGCGCAAAUUUGGAAAGAACGCAAAACAAAAGCGUACAAUUCCUGGCCAAAUCAUAUUCAGUCGUCUGAUUCUACUGACUUGAUUGUUGAAAGUAGUAAUUCUCAAACCAAUCAUGGCUCUUUAAUUAGCAGCAAUGAACUAUUGGCUAAUUUUGGUUCACUUCAACACCACGAUUCAUUUGUCAGUCAAAAUGCUCCAGAAGAUCAACCACCACCAGCAGAUGAUCGUAUGCAUCGUCUUACAUCAAAAGAAUAUGUCAGCAUUAAUCGAGAGAUUCUUAACAUGGAGACUAAUGUUGUACUUGCUAGAAACUUUGACAAAGUGAUUUUCGACGGAGGUAUGUCUGGUUGGGAUGUAGCACGUCGUUAUUUCCAUAAUUUAUGCCAUCCAAAUAAUCGGUCAUAUCGAUUCGAUUCUGGUUACAAUGGAGAUAAUAAUGGGGAUACAAUGAUGACUGUUUCCAGUUCUAUGUCACAAAUUAAUCCGCAUAAAAUAAAUAGUUCAAAGGCUAUAUAUUUUUAUAUAUGGCCAGUGAAUCUGUCAGAGUACUGUUGCACUCUUAUUCCUAUAUAG